AUGGUUACUGAGCUGGGGCUUUUAGGCCUGUUCUUCACAGGCUUCAAUGUUCCCCUGGUUACUGAGCUGGACCCUGACGCCCCCAUCAGACAGAGACGUCCCCUGGCAGACCUGGACAGAGAGGAUGAUGCCAGACUGCUGAAGUAUCUCUUCACCCUCCUCAGAGCGGGCAUGACUGACGAGGCCCAGAGGCUGUGUAAGCGCUGUGGCCAGGCAUGGAGAGCUGCUACUCUGGAGGGAUGGAAGCUGUACCACGACCCCAACAUCAACGGAGGUCAGUUCUCCGUCGUACACUCUCACCAACAGAUGUAUGACACCAAGUGGAGGUCGUGA